CAGACAAAGAAAACACCAACCUACGUGCCUGCGUUGCUGGGUAGGUAAAACAAAAACAACGGCGUUUGUGUCAAGAGUUUGAAGCUUGGACUACGACAGACGGCGUAUCUUGAAAUAUCUGCACGGUUCUGCUGCAAACUGUGAAAAUACGGUGAAACAUGGCAACUGACUGCGUGGCCUGGCUGAACGCGAUCCCUGUUGAGGCUGAGGACCUGAGUGACUCGUUCGUAUCCGCAGAGGAAGACAAUGGAGGAUUAGCUGUCUCCAAUAAAAACAUCAACAACGAGAUCAAUGGUAACUGGCUGUUAUCGUCAAGCAACAACAUCCACGAGGCACGUCUGAAGGCGAAGGCCAAGCGGAGGCUGAGGAAGAACUCCUCCAGGGACUCUGGAAGAGGGGACUCCCUCAGCGAUAACGGGGAUGUGGUUAGGGGAAACUCUGCGGCUCCCACAAGCCCAAAGAGCAAGCUGCUGGACAGAAAGUCUCGACUGGGGAAGGGCAGAGGGCUACCAAAGAAAGGCGGAGCUGGAGGAAAAGGUGUGUGGGGCAGAUCUGGGGAAGUUUACGAACCAGAGGAGGUAGAUGAGAAAGACCCCAACUACGAUGAAGCUCAGGAAAACUGUGUGUAUGAGACUGUGGUUCCCCCCCUGGAUGAGAACGACUUUGAGAAGACAGUCACCCCUAUAGUGCAAGAGUACUUUGAACACGGAGACACAAAUGAAGUAGCUGAGCUGCUUGCAGAACUUAACUUGGGGCCCAUGCGGAGCGAGGUGCCCUCACUGGCUGUGUCACUGGCCCUGGAGGCCAAAGCCAGCCACAGGGAGCUCACCUCCAGGCUGCUGGCUGACCUGUGUGGGCCUGUUCUGUCAACCAGGGACAUGGAAACCUCCUUUGACAAAUUGCUCACAGAGCUCCCUGACCUAGUCCUGGACACACCAGGAGCUCCUCAGUUGGUGGGUCAAUUCCUUGCACGCGCUGUUACUGACCAGAUAUUGUCUAAGAGCUACAUCGAUGGCUACAAAGGCAGAGUUGACUGUGAAUACACCAGGGCGGCACUAGAUCGGGCGGCCGUGCUGCUGAAGAUGAAUAUGGGUGGGCUUCGCAUAGACAAUCAGUGGGGUACAGGGGGCGGCCAGAGACCUGUCAUACAGCUCAUUAAAGAGAUGAACCUGCUGCUGAAGGAGUACAUCCUGUCUGGAGACAGCAAGGAAGCUGAGAGGUGCCUGAGAGACCUAGAGGUUCCCCACUUCCAUCAUGAGUUUGUCUAUGAGGCAAUAGUUAUGGUGUUGGAGUCCAAAGGAGACAAAACACUCAAAAUGAUUUUGCAGCUACUCAAGUCUCUCUCUGUGUCCUCCAUCAUCACUGUCGACCAAAUGAGAAGGGGCUAUGAAAGAGUUUAUAUGGACAUUGCUGAAAUUAACAUAGACGUCCCUCGUGCAUACUUCAUCUUGGAGCAACUUGUUGACAAGAGCUUCAGCAUGGGAAUCAUUGAUGUAAAGCUAAGAGAUCUCUGUCCCUGUCGCGGCCGGAAGAGGUUCGUCAGCGAGGGAGACGGAGGUGUUGUCAAACUUGAAAGCUACUGAAGAAAAAUUUUUAUGUGCCAGAUUUCCUUUAGAGGAUGAAGCUACUUUUUUACAGGCAUAUUUUUCAAAAUAGUUGAGUACAAUUUCUUCCUUUUACCAGUCAAAAUAAUGUACAUUUCUAAAAUUGAGGUGGGGUAAAAAAAAACAAAAAACUCCCAGCAAAACUGCACUUUUGAUUGAAACUGAAGUAGAUCACUUUCUCCCAGGUGUUUCAGUAUAAACAUUUACAUAAGCUAGCCCUCAAAGUGCCAGUGUCAGUCAUUCCAUGUUGUUUUGUACAGUAUUUUCUUGAUUUCACUGCCACUCCCCUUGUGUUUUCUAGAAAGCAGUGAUUGUACAGAGAAGGCUGGUUUGUGUCGAAAGCUUUAUUAAAAAAAUCAAAAAACUAAAGGGAGCAUGUUGGUUCAGUACAAUACAGUUUCCCUGACUAGCUGCUUUUUCUAUGCUGUGCUUGACUGUUUCUUUUUAUUCUUGAAAUUACAAUAAAAAAAAUGUCAUUAUUAAAGGUGUCAUGACACAAGUGCAAAAACAAAUACCAGUCGGACAACUUCAGGAAAAUGGUGUUUGAGAAUGUUUAUUUUUGUAUUUGAUGAGUACUAGUGUGUGUAUUACACCACAUAUUGCUCUAUGUUUGUUCAUUAAACGACUUAAAUGACA